AUGGCGCUCUUCAAGCAGUACGACGACUUCCUCCUCGACAACGCCUCCCAGAUCACUGCGGUCGAAAGCUCGCUCCGCUCCAUCACCUACUUCCUUCCAGGUCGUUUCAAAGAUGCAGAGCUCGCCGGAGAGGCCCUCUACGCCUCGCUGAAUCUGCUCGGUCUCUACCACGACUCCAUCCUCGCACGCGCGCUCGACAGGCACGACCCCGAAGCAACCACAUCCACCACAGUGUCGAACCCUUCGGAGAAGCGCAUCGCACCAUCCACCACCUCGCAGUACACCAACGCCAUCACCGGCAUCACUCCCUCCGAGCAUGCAAGAUACACCCAGCACUUUUCUCGCAACUCCAACGGCUACAAUCGCGUAGCCAGAACCCUCGUCGUUAUCGGCUACUUUGAGCUCCUCGCAGAGAUGGUCGCCAGGAGAAAGCUCGGGCGCAGAAAGGCAUGGGACGUCGUCGCUGCCAUCGAAGCAAUCAAGGUCGCCCUGCGUCUCAGCCUCGUUCACCUCUCGGGCAACCGCAUGCCCAUCCACCCACCCAUUCCAGAGCGCGAAGUCGAUCCCGCUGCCCUCGAGCGCGGCAGGGCAAAGACCAUGGGCGAAUUGUCGACAAGGCUCGAUCAAGCCGUCCAAUCUUCGCACCAAGCCCUCUCCGACUCGGAGCUUCCCCUGCCCAAGGGCUUUUGGAAGGGCUCUCGCACCGGCCUCUUGCGACCCACGCUCGCCUCCCUUCGACCCGGCUACGACGACGCCGAAUCAGAGCCCGUGCCAUCGGUCGCCGAACCCGACCGCCGACCGCCGCACCUUCGCGCCAUGCGGAUCAAUGCCGCUCAGUCGGGCUCCGACACCGACGAUACCCUGGUCGACUCCACCCGCCUCACCGCAUCCACCAUGGCGCUCAGCACGCAUUCCAACCCAGACGCCCACCCACCUUCGCCUCCCGUCCAGAUGAAGCCGUGGUCCGAGUCGCAGAUCAACGACUACCUCCUCUCGCGCGUGCUCAACAUCAACGACGUGCGCAAGCCCGAGGACCUCGUCCGACCGCUCCGCAACCGCACCGCGUGGACUGCAGAAGCGCUCUGGAUCCUGCGUCCUUUCCUCUACGUCAUGGCCCUUCGACGGUGGGGUCGAAGGGCGACGCUUCCGUUUGUGCUUUCCUUUGUGCUCGAGUAUCUCGCCAAACAGCUGCGCUCCCGAUCCUUCAGCCCACCCGGUGCUGCCGCCAAGAAUCCCUUCGCCACUAAUCCGCUCAUGGCCGCUCUCAUGGGCCAGAACCCUCUCCUCUCCAUCAUCACCAACAUCUUCAUGGGCGGCAAUCCGGCAGACAAGGCAAAACGUCCCAUCUCGGCCGUCGAAGAUGCAGAAUGGUCCAAACGCGGCAACGCCUUCUGGUACUACCUCCUCCGUGGACCCGUGUGGUACAACUUUACCCGUCCCAAACUCGCUAGCCUCGCCGAUCGAACCCAGGGUAAAUUCCUCAUCGGCAUCAUCGGCGGCAUGCUCGGCGACUACCUCCCACUCAUCGACGACUACUACUUCUACUCGGCCACCUGA